CACAGGAAGGUGGGCCGCGGUGUUGGAAUACGAUAGAAAAAGGGCGGCACUGCGGAUUCAUGCUUUGUGUAUGAUUCGGUUACGCUAACUAUAUAUAUAUAUAUAUAUAUAUAUACAUCUACACACAUAUACAUAUAUAAAUAUAUUGUAAUUAUUAGUUUUUAUUUUGGGGACGCAAUUAUAUUCAGUUCACAAAAGCAUUUGCAUGCAAGUAGAUAUUAUGUUGCUGGCUAAACGGGAAAUAUCCCUUUGUUUUUAUCGCCUGAGUUUUGUCUGCUAGCAUGCUAGCUCAUAGCCGAUACUACGUGAAAUUAUAAAAAAAAAAAAUUGGGUAAAUAACUAGUCUAAUUAGGUGUAUUAGAUGUAAAUGGUGACGUCUGUUUGGAUAAUCACGGCCUUUCCGCUGUUCUCAGUUUAAGGGAGUGUUUACUUUCAGCUUUAACAUGGCGGAAAACAAUGCAGAGGAUUUCCUUGACUUCUUCAUGGUUCCAAAGGACUGCUGAAGCCAUGGUCCGCAAAGAGCUUACAAAGCAUGUACGGGAUCUCAUUGUCGAAAGGUACCAAUCAGGAGAGGGUUACAAAAGAAUUUCCAAAACAUUAGCUGUUCCAUUGAGCACCGUGAGGGCCAUAAUCAACAAGUGGAGAAAAUGGGGCACCACAGUGACGUUACCCAGGACAGGACGUCCCUCCAAAUUUGCCGAAAGGACAACACGAAAACUUAUCUCGAGGGCUGCAACAUUAAAGGAGCUUCAGGAAUAUCUGACUGUAAUCUCUGUGGAGGAAGAAAGGCAGAAGGAGACGGAGCCGUCUUCAGGUGCUGAGAAUCCGAGGUCCGAGUCGUCCAAGCAAGGCACGGAGGAAGAUGAGCUGGACGGGCUUCCUGUUUUUGGAGCAGAUGAGGAUGAGGGUGGCCUGGAGAGCUGCUUCACUCAGAAAGACAAGCAGACUGAUGAUCGAGACGAGAAUGAAAACAGGAAGAGUGUCUCACCUGGAGCUAACCAAGCAGAUGAAAGUGUGCGGUGUUCUCAGACGGAGACUGGAACCUCCCACAAUGAAGGCAGUGCGUCAUCACAGGAACCAGGUGAAGGAAGCCAAGACGAAAUCGUAUAUUCUCCUUUAAAGAAAAUAAAGGAUGAGCCCAUAGAUGAGGACUAUGAUAAAGCGCUCCUCGGUUCUGCGAACUCGGACAUCAGUCGUGUUAAAGAGGAGCUUGAGAAUGGAGAUCAUGAGUCGUUGGUUCCUCUGGAUGAAUUGAGGAUCAGCUCUGUGUUUUCUGUCCGAGGAAACAGUGAUGCUAUUUCUGCUCCUGUCGCGGCCCCACAACCGUCCCCGUUCUCUGCUAUGACUCAGUCAGUCUCAGCAAUCAGACCACCUCCUAUAGUCCUGCAGGCUCAAAUGCAGCCUCAUUUUCAAGCACACCUUCAGCUUCAACCCAAGACCUUGGCCCAGCUUCAGCCCCAUCUGCAAACUCAUCUUCAGACACAGCUUCAAACUCAUCUCCAACCUCAACUUCAACUCCAGGCGCAGCUUCAAGCACAGCUUCAAACACAGCUUCAACCGCAGCUCCCGCACCAGCUUCAACCGCAGCUCCCACACCAGCUUCAGCCUCAACUUUCACACCAGUUGCAACCGCAACUCGCACACCAGCUCCCACACCAGCUCCAGCCGCAGCUCCCACACCAGCUUCAGCCGCAGACCCCUCCUCAGCUCCAGACACAACCUCCACCCCUUCCGCAGGCUCAGCCCCCACCCCAGCAGCAGCCCCCCCCUGCUCCUGUGCGAAUCUGCUGCUCAGGCUGCUCUAAGGUCCUUCAGAAAGGUCAAACUGCAUUUCAGAAGAAGGGUUCCAAUCAGCUGUUCUGCUCCACUGUAUGUCUGACUGGAUUCACCUUGCCUCCAGCCCCCAAUAUUGCCCCAAAGAAAACCUGCCACCUCUGUCUCAAGGUGAUCGGGAAUCCAAAAGACUUGAUCACAGUUCCAGUUGACUCGGCAAACACCUUGAAGGAGUUCUGUAGCCUGUCCUGUCUGAGCAUUUACAAGUCCAGGGUCGAAGGCUUGGUGGAAGAGGAUACUGUCAUUAGAUGUGCUGUGUGCAGAAAUCCCAACGAGAUUCAACAUGAAGUGAAUCACCAGGGCAUUCUGCACCGUCUCUGCAGUGACGAAUGCUUCUCGCGUUUCCGCUCCUCCAAAAGGUUGUCCAUGAGCUGCUGCGAGAGCUGCGGCAACUGCACCGUCACAGGAAACUAUCACCUCGUACAGGUCGAGGACACCGUUAAGAAAUUCUGCAGCCCAGCCUGCAUCAGCACUUUUAAACAGAAAAGUGGUAAGAGGGUCCAUUGCCCCUGCUGUCAAGAUUUUAAAGCUAUGGAUCAGAUGCUGGAAGGCACGAAUGCGCAGGGAGUCAUAGAGUUCUUCUGCUCCUCCAGAUGUGUGGCUAAUAGCCAGGCGUCCUGCACUUUAUCAGGUGCUUCGUUCCCGUGCACAAAUUGCCAGAAGUUAGCUGUUCCUCAGUAUCACUUGGCUAUGCCUGACGGAUCCAUCCGGAACUUCUGCUCUUACGAGUGUGUUGGCAGAUUCCAGGAGAGGCUGCACAGGUCCAUUCAGAUGAACGGAGGAUCUUAUCACAGUCCAAACACCGGCCUCCAUCCUCCUGUACCUCAUCAUUCAUCUGACCAAGGAUUUAAUCCUCCUAACGUAGCGCCUGGUUCGAAUCAAAACGCCAUGCCGCCACACGUGCCUGUUUCUCGACCGACAAACCCGCAAGACGCGCAGCAGCAGCCGGAAGCUCUCAGCCCUGCCAAACCGACCUGUAAGCAGUGCCAGAAGCAGAUCAGCUCUAAACCCGAGGUCCUACAGUUUAAGAAUCACGUGGGCCUCUUCUGCUCACGCCUUUGUUGCGACAUGUAUAAGAGGGAAAGAGAUGUCAAAGCAGUGUGCGAGUACUGCAAGGAGGAGAAGGUGGCCAAGGACGUCGUCAUCUACGAGAAGCAGCCGCACGCUUUCUGUUGUGAAGGCUGCAAACUGCUCUACAAGCACGACUACGCCAAGCAGCACAGGGGUCAGUGCAGAGCUUGUGCUUACUGCUGCAACGUGACCCACAAAACCAUCCAGAAUCAUUUUGGGGGCAAACUGGAGGAGUUCUGCUCGGAAGAGUGCAUGUCUCUCUACACCGUGCUCUUCUACGAGAUGGCGAAGUGUCACACUUGUAAGAAUCAGGGACCACUCAAAGAGAGCGUCAGAUGGGACGAGACGGUCCGACACUUCUGCAACCUGCACUGUUUGUUGCAUUUUUGCUCCAAGAAUAUCAUCCCCGAUCAACCGAACAGCAACGGUAUUAACACUGCUGCCACCACAGCCCAAGCCCCAUUAUCUCUCUCGAAAGACAUGCCUGUAAUCGGCGGUGUCGUGUCAUUGGCCUCUGCACUGACGGGCAACACCGCACUCACAGGAGCACUGCCUACCUCGAACGCCAGCUCCAAGAUCAUUGGCGACGCGAGCACCCAGACGGAUGCCUCGGUGAACGGCGAUCCUCAGCAACGACGGAUGCUGAAGAAUAAAGCCGUCAUGUGUAAACCUAUCAAUGACGAGCAGAGCAUCCAGUGUGAACUUGAGCCUCUAAAACUACCAUCUGGGACCGUUAUUGAUGAAAAUGGAGAGAAAGUGAGACUGGUGCCUGUGCCUAUACCAGUUCCAACACCCAUAUACAUUCCUGUGCCCAUGCACCUGUACACUCAGUACACGCCAGUACCGCUGGGAUUCCCUCUUCCUAUACCGGUGCCACUGGUUGUGCCAGCUUCUCAGGAAUCCGCACAGCCGAGUUCCGCUAAAGUCAGCGUCCCUUCACAGAGCUCAGUGGAGGAUGAAGAUGUGGAAAAAGGCAAGAGCAGGCCCCUGUCCCACGGAGACCAGGGCAGUACCUACAGUGGGGAUUUGGAAUCCGAGGCCAGGUCUACCCCCUUCAGUUGUGCAGAUCCUGAGGAUGCUUCACACAAUCUUAAGCCAUCAGUCCCUGUACCUGAGUCAGAAGCACGUGAAGCACGUAAAGCUCCUCCUGCUACCUCCACAGCGUCCAACUUGCUAGAUUUGGAAAAGGACAUUCCUCUUGCAUCAAAUGAUCACGAAGCAGCAAAGGAGCAGAAGACGUGGACAAAACGACGCAAGAGAGGAAAGAAGGGAUCUGAAGAACUGAAGAGUUUCAAUGAAGAACUGGAUGUUGCUGAUUGUCCGAGAUGGACUGUGCACACUAAUUUAGAUCGGUUGAAUACAGAAUCGUGCCAAGAUGGUGGAACACUUGAGAGAAGUAUUUUCAUUAGCCCAGAAUGCGCUCCACUUGAUGAUGAGCUGGAUGAGGCACAAGACGUAUUUAAAUAUGUUGAGAAGCUCACCUCGUCCUCUGAGUCAAUGAUGCCUUCAAGGGCAAGUCUGAAAACAGGGAGUAAAACAGUUAGCGCUCAUACGUCAUGCACUAAAAGGCAGUUCUGUAUUUACUGUCAGAAAUCAAACACCAAAAUAGCAAGGCACUUGGAGCGAAUGCAUUCAACUGAAACGGAUGUAGCAUAUGCUCUCAGCUUUCCAAAACGAUCUAAAAGAAGACAUAUGCUGCUUGAACAGCUUCGUAAAAAAGGCAAUUAUCAGCAUAACAUUGAAGUAAUUCGGAGUGGAAAUGGGGAUAUAGUCAUGCAAAAACGAACAAAAAGAAAAAGGUCUGCUAAGGAAUAUUUGCCCUGCCAAUAUUGCCUAGCUUUCUUUCUCCGGGAAGGGCUGGAGAAGCAUGAGUGCUUUUGCAGGACAAAAAUGAUUUCACGAUCUUGUUUAGAGUCCUUGGAACAGCCGGGCACUAAACAUGAGUCCUGCUUCCAACCUGCUUCAGAAAUAAAUAAGCAAUCACUUGUCAACCUAAACCUGGACCAAUUGCAAAGUCCAAGGUCCAGCUCUGAAGACCUUGAAUCAAGCCUCCAGUCUAGUGCCACUGGCUGCUCUGAACUCAUCUCCCAACAUAAUCUUGAAACCUGCUCUUUCUCAAGUAUUCAGUCAAGUCCUGAAUUUUCUGAUCAUACGGAUCUAAAAGCUGGCCUUGGACCAAGUCAUUUGUUUAGUCAGCCUAGUCCUAAACCUUUCCUACCAACCAAUUCUGAUCUUAGUCAGUCUCCUCGGACAGAUUACUCUGAUGAACACACCUUUACAUCUAGUCCUAAACCUAGCCCUAGGUCUAGCUUUGAGUCCCAGCUGCAGGCCAUUGAGUUAUCGAGUCCUGCGACUUUUCAUCUUGGCUCCAAACCUUGCUACCAGAGUAACCUCAUAAUCUCUGAUGAAAGCAACCCAGAGACCAGUAGGGCAAGUUUUGCGUUGUGCCGACCAUCCACUCCUGAACCUGGCCCACUGCCUUAUCCUGGAUCAAGUCCUAGUCAUCUGAGCGUUGACUCGUGCUUUGAAGAAGUUUUGAGUUCCAGUCCUGAAACCAGUCUCCCUCAUACUCCUGAAUAUUGCAGCAUUGUCGAAUCAAACAUAAAGACUACUGUUGGAUCCAAUAUGAUGUACACUGAUGCAUCUAGCAGUGUAAAUCUGAAUGCUGAAUCAUGCCACCAGCCCAUUGUCAGUCCGAUGUCCAGCCCACGUCCUACUCAACCAGGUUUCGAGUCCUGCUUUCUAUCCAGUGUGGGAUGUGAUCUUAAGCCUCCACCUAGUCCAGACCUGUGUAAUCAAAGCGCUUUCAUGUUGGGUCAUGAAUCUACCCUCCAAUCCAACUUUGAAUCCUACACACAAGCUGAGAAAUCUAGCCCAAAUACUAGUCCUUGUUGUAGUCCCAAAUCUUCCAACCAAACUAGCCUCAUCGGUGGUGAACUCUGCCGAGAUCCCACUCAGGCAAGUUUUGAAUUGUGCCUCUCAUCCAGCCCUGAAACUAGCCCUCUGCCUCAUCCUGAAUCAGAUCCUGGUCCUCAGAUUAGUUUUGAGUCCUGCGUUGAGCCAGUUUUUCAGUCCAGUUCUGAAACUAGUAUCUUUGCUACUCCUGAAUGUUUCUGCUACCAAAGUGUUGAGUCCGACGUGAAACCUGCUGUUGAACCCUGUCUCACAUCCAGUAUGAAGUGCAGCAGUCCUCCACCCAGCAGUUCUGAGGCUAAUACAGAAUUUAUACCACAGAUCCCCAGUGCCAGCUCCCACUGCUUGGGCUCAGAUGCCUCAAGUGGGCUUGAUUACAAUCUGACUAAUGGUGACAGUUCAGUCGGCCCUCCUGCAGAAAGCAUGACGUAUCAAGAGGAGUCUGUUGAGAUUUUUGAUGCAGACUCCACUUGUAGCUCAUCCUCUUGCACGAAAACCAGUUCAGAGUGUGUGACUGAGUCUACCCUAAAGCUCAAAAAGAGUCCUGGUUUACUCUCGAGCCCGAAGUCCAGUCCAAUGUCUAUUUCAAAUUCGAGUUUAAUCAGUAGCACCUCUUCCGAACCGGUGCUGGCCCAACAGAUAAGUUUGAACAAAACGCCGGGUAGUGAGAAGGUAGGGAUGAAGAGGCAGUUCUGUCUUUACUGUAAAAAACCCUACGUCAAAAUGGCACGGCAUCUGAGCCAAAAACAUGCAAGUGAAGCGGAUGUAGCGCGCGCGCUUAGUUUUCGAAAGGGAUCUAAAAAACGGCUUCUUCUAUUUGAACAGCUUCUUAAGAAAGGGAAUUAUCAGCAUAAUGUCGAAGUUCUUAAAAAUGGCAGUGGAGAGGUUAUCACCAGUAAACGAUCCACUAAAGAUUAUUCCGUGGACGUGUACCUGCCUUGUCAGUAUUGUCUGGCAUUUUAUGUCCGCCAUGAUCUGUGGAGGCAUGAAAGAUGUUGCAAAAUGAGAACAGAUGGCAACCCUGUUUGCCUUAAAAGGACUGCAUCAUCAAAGUUGCUUCCAUUGCAAGGCAGUGUUUCUGAAGAUUUGGAAGAAGCUAUUCAUAGUAUGAAGCAAGACAAUGUGUUGCAUCAUAUAAGGGAGGAUGCUCUGAUUUGCAAGUAUGGUGCAAGGCUUUUUGUGCAACUUGGACAUAGUAAAAAGCAUCAGAUAUACGUAACGCAGAAGAUGAGGGAAUUGGCAAGACUCAUGCUGACCGUGAAAGAGUUAGAUGGAAGUGUGCAGUACCUGCAUCAUGUUUGCACUCCAUCCAGGUUUGAUUUGGUCAUUAAAGGUGCAAAGAUGGUUUGUGGGUUUGAUGAAACUUUGAGCAAAUUUGAAAAGCCAUCUCUGGUAUUAAAAAUAGGAAGUUCCAUAAGACAAGCAGCUGAAAUAAUUUGUGGUGAGAAGGUUAUGGAGGGUGAUGCAGAGACUGUUGCUGAUGUUAAAGAGUUUAUUGGGCUCCUUGAGAAAAAUUGGAUCUCUUGUGCUACAAACGCCGACGUCGUCGACCCUGAUAGCACUGAGGUCGACAGGUGCCUCGAGAAGCCGACCGCAGCAUCAUCUGCAUGUCAAAAAAUCUGUUCGGUGUCAAACAAACCCAGCCAAAAUCCCAAGCCUGAGUUAUGUCCCCACAGAACUAGUCAAGAAGAUGGCGAAAAUAAUGAAUGCGGGCUGUGCACGGUCAUCUCAAAUGGAUCCCAGUUUUACCCUGAUAAGAUUGAGAAGUUACGUAGCAGCACUAAUGCUAAGAAGCCCUCGACCAACCCUGCAGCACAAUCUUCUGUGUCUCAACAGUCCAAGGUCUCUUAUUCAAAGUCAGGAGUGUUACCUUUAAGAACAAGAACAGCAAGAGGUGGGAAAAAACAGUUCUGCGUCUAUUGUCGGAAACCCGUCAUCAAAAUAGCAAGGCACUUGUCACAGAACCACGCAAAAGAAAAGGACAUAGCCCAUGCUCUCAGCUUUCCAAAGGGAUCAAAAACUCGGCAUUGCUUACUUAAACAGCUCCGUAAUAGAGGUAAUUACCAGCAUAACGUCGAAGUUCAGCAAACUGGAAAUGGGGAAAUCAUACCACUGAGACGGCAAAAAAAGUGUAAUUCAUUGACUUCCUACCAAGCUUGCCCUUAUUGUCUGGGGUUUUUUCUCCAGCGUGACUUGUGGAGGCAUCAAAGAUCAUGCGAUAUGAAGAAGGAUGAUGAAAGUCCCCCUCUCAGAAGAAGGACUCGGUCAAGCUCAUCUAAGAACUUUGCCUCGCAUGGCUGUCUUUCUGAGGGCUGCCAAAACCUUGUUCGCAACAUGAGAGACGAUGACAUCUCAAAAUAUCUAAGGAACGAUGCCUUAAUCUGCAAAUUUGGAAGUAGACUUUACGAAAAACACGGGCAUGAAAAGUUAGGACACGAAAACAUAUCAAAAAACCUGAGAGCGCUGGGUAGAUUUAUGCUGGCCGUGAGGGAGCUGGAUCACAGCGUUGAGGAUCUGUAUCAAGUAUGUACCGAAUCCAGGUUUAGUUUGGCUUUGGAAGCUGCCAAGAAGGUCGGUGGUUUUGAUCCGCAGUCUAACAAAUUUACAAAAUCGGUAGCAUUGAAAAUGGGCUAUUCCUUGAAAUUGGCCACUGAAGUUGCUUUAGGAGAGAACGACAUGGAAGAUGAAGCUAGAAAUCGAGCCAAAAAAUUCAUGGAGCUGCUGGGAACGGAUUGGUUUUCUUAUGAACCCACACAUUUUCACACGACAAGUCAUGGUAAGCAGACCGAAGGGGAUGUUCUACAUCUGAUAAAAGAUGUUGUCAAACUACAGAAUUUCCUGAAAAAUACUGAAGACCAGGCCAAAUCGGAUCUCACGGAGCAUCCUAAUCGUAAAUCGUGGAAAAGGCUCCGUGAGAGCCUUCUUGCUGAAAUUACUCUCUUUAACAGAGGACGGAGGAGCAUGGCCGAGAAAAUGCUGAUUGAGGAUUACAUACGGAGGCCCAGAGAGCCUGGCUGUGGAAAAAUGCAUGAACCCCUUACAAAGCUGGAACAGGCUCUUAACGGUGUGUUGAUCAGAGUGGGAGUCACUUGUAAAGAUGGAAGUUGGAUUCCUGUCUUGUUUACUCGAAGGAUGGCGUCAUCUCUGGACGUCCUCAUCGAGCACCGUGAGGAUGUAGGUGUUCCCACGGACAACCCGUACAUGUUUCCUCAAAUGAUGGCCGACGCUCACAUAAGAGCGCACGACUGCAUAAGAACCUUCGCCCAAAAUUGCGGCGCAAGCAAGCCUGAAGUUCAUACGCACAAGGACGUGGCUACUAUCUUCCAAAUACUGAGCCUUAAUGGCAGUGAAAAGCAGCAGAUGGCAGCACUUUUGGGCGAUGGCCGCUUUGACUACCAAACGCUGGAUGAAAACUUCUCGCAGUUGGCGGAAAUCCUCAACCGGUUGCAAACGAUGGAGGAAGGAACUGGUGCAUACCAAGACACAGGUCUUGGCCCUGCUGCUGCUCCAAGAUGCAAAAGACAAAAAUGGAACAAGGAGGAACAAGCAGCUGUGAGGAGGCAACUGGGAAAUUAUAUAUCUACCAGUAAAGUGCCAGGCAAAAACGACUGUCUGGACUGUAUUAGGACCGAGCCGGAGGCUCUCGGGUCACGCACCUGGAGGGACAUCAAAAAUUAUGUCCAUAACACCAUAAUGUCAAAGAAGAGAAAGAGAAGGGGUUCAAAGCAGAUGGACGCUGAAAGCGGCGAAGAAGAUCCUGACGAAGUUGUCGCUCUGGAGGCUGCUGCAAAAAGACCUCGUCGUAAAAGAAGACUCCGACGCCGUCGUGUGUGAAUAUUCCGCUUCUAGAUGCACGUCGAAACACCACAUUGUUUUGGAGGAAAAUCGAGUGGAAGAUUCAAUUCAAUGGGCAAAGGUUUGAGCUUUAGUCUUGAGCUCGAAAGACGGGGUGGCUGUUCUCCAUCUGACCGGUGAUGGUGUCAGACUACAUAUUCCUGGGUGCACUAGAAGACAUCUUUGUUUCCCAUUUUUUCAUUUCUGUCCUGAUUUUGUCAAUACCUGGUGCUCGAGAGUAGCGUGGGUCGACCCCCCUGCCUUACAAGUAUUAUAUCAUAAAAUUAAAAAAAAAAAAUGCAUACGAUUAUUCUUAAUUGUAAUGUUGUUAAACACCUUAAAUGACCAGACAGCUAGACAGUAAUUUCUUGCUGCACUCUUGGUACUUUGAGUCCAUUAUCACCCCGGAGUCGAUUAUAUUCCGAUGAGAGCACGUCUACGUGUUUAAUUCCUCUCAUACCCUGGCACUUUUAAGAUUUUCCAUUUAUUAAAGAACGAGAGACGCUCUUCCGUUUAAAAACACUUUAGUUCUAACAGCUAUAUAACACCCGUUCUCUCACUUGAAGCUGAUGAGGUGAAGAAAAUUUUCACUUUCCCCAAAAUCUAUAGGAACCUCUUUACCUCAACCUCUUCUUCCAUAAAUGUUAAAUAAACCUCAAGCUUCACUAGAGCAACAGUUGCUUUGUUUUGUGGGGUUUUUUGGGUUUGUUUUUUUUUGUUGUUUUUUUUGCUGUUGUUAAAUGACGGCACCUUUAAAAAAUAAUAAUAAUAAUAAUAAUAAUAAUAAUAAUAAUAAUAAUAGUUAUUAUUGUUAAGGUCGUUUUAUGUCGAGUUGCACCAUGCAAGUUCCUGUGAACGAGUUACAUAAAACGUUAAAGUAUUAAAAGGAUACCAUUGAUUUAGAAUUAUACGCAGACGAUUCAGCGACACCUCCUGAUUAAGGAGAAUCUGGAGUUCUGCCGCGCUGUGGCGUGAUUUGAUUGAAUGAAAGGAAGCGUGCUGCAAGGGCUUCAUUCCGUUAAUGAACUCCUGUUAAGUUUGGGAUGACUCCCUGUUAAAGUUCACUUGAGGCAUUUCUGACUAUUAAGAAGACAUUUGUGUUUUCUUUUUUUAAGAAUGACUCUACAGAUGUAUAUUUAGCUCUUUCUUAACAAUCUGUUCACAUCCUGUUGUGAAUUAAUGACUUUCCUCCUUUUUGACACUAAUUUCGUUGUGAACUCUUAAGGGUGUGUCCAGAUUUUGUUUAGGUUUUGUUUUUUUGUUUUUACCCAUAAAUCUUACUGAAUGUUGAAUGUAUGUCGCUGCAGUUGAAGUCAAAUUGAGAGUGUCUUCAAAAUGUAUGUUGGAAAUAGCAUGUGUUUAGUUCAUUAUAAGAUGAUCACAUGGCACUUAUUUUCAUCGCAGUGUGUUUUGGGUGUUUUUCUUCUUUUCAUGCACAUGAUAUUAAACCUGAAAUGCACACUUUAAA